UGGGUCUUAAAAAGACCGAAGACCAUACGUGUCCUCCGCCUAGAAAUAUCAGGAAUCAGCGACAGCGAAACCUAAUUUCCGACCAUGCCGCCGAAUAUGAGAUCGGUCGUUACGCACGUAAAUCGAAAAUCAGAUUGUCGGGCUUUCUCUGUUCUUUUUCUUCGAUCGAUUGAUGAAAGAAAAGUAUUUACAGUUAUUCCGGGCAGGGAGAUCGAUUGAAUCCCGCCGCUAUUUCUCCUCACCGCCUGGUAGCAGCGGGUCGAAUGGAACAAAAAUCACGUUAGAUAUGUGGUUGUACGACAUACGUCGAGCUGGGGCAUUUGGUGUGGGAUAUAUCAUUGGUGCUGUUUUAUACGGCGGUACUGCUUCGCAAUUGGAGGAACAACGGCUAGAGGAUCGGAGGGAGAUCAGAGUAACUGGGCGCUGAGCUUAUUUGGUGUCUAAUGGAAAAUCCUACUUAUCUUAAAGCUUCGUAUUCGGUCAUUGUGCGGAAUUAGCUUUGCUUUUGUUCAAAUGUAUGGAACUGAUUGUUAUGGAGAUAAAAAAUACCUACUUAGAUGAUACUUGACAUAGAAUUGUGAUUACAAAACGUGUGGUGGUGGUGCUCUGUUCCAUCUUUCCCUCCUCUCUCCUCCUCCCAACUUUCCCUCUCCUUGUGCAUUAUCUCUACUGUUUUACGUUUCGUAUUUCGCAAUUUACUUCUCUCCUCUUCCAAUUUUGUACUUUCGCCUUCUGUUCUGCGUCUCUCUAUUUCCAU